UUUUCUUUGUCGUCGUCCUCAUCAGCCUCCAGGAAGAUCAUCGUUGGGUUCGUUCUCUCUAGUCUCCAACGACGACCACUAGGCCGGGUCCCCUAUUUUCAUCCCGUUGACUCCGUACAUCCCGCGAUUCCGUCUCUUCAUUGUUAUUCUUAACCCACCGUACUUCCAACCCCGGCCAGGAUUACUAUUGAACGCGAACCAAAUACCUACUUCCGAAAGCCAUGGCGCCCGUCAAUAUCCUGGCGCGUCUCAAAUCUUUGUACUCGAAACAUUACGAUGAACCGGUCAUUUCGGUCCAGGCGGCCGCUUGUUUUUCGAUCCUUCUAACCCUGAUCUAUGUGGCCCCGUUCUAUGUUUCUUCCACCACUCGGCCAUCUCCUACCCUUAGCCGAGAUGCCCCAUCGGUUAUCCGGGCUAGAAUCAGGGCCGUGACUUCUUCCUGCGUCAUCAGCACCUUGGCCGUUUUCUGGUUGAUCAUCGUCAAAGAUAAUGCCCCCGUUUCGGAGGCUCUCAAACUCCUCGGAUGGUGGCCCGUCGGUUUCCUGGAGGUUGUUCGCUCCCUGGUCUUGACGGCCAUCCUCUUUGUCGGGCCUCUAUUCGAACGGGGAAUCGCCGAAGGUGAAUGGAGGGACUGGGUCAGGGGCCGUAGAGUUUCCGAAACACUUCGGGGCUGGAUCGGAUGGAGAAACUAUGUCGCUGGUCCCAUCACCGAGGAGAUCAUGUUCCGUUCGGCCAUCGUGCCUCUCCAUCUACUUGCCAGAGUCUCUGCGGGCCGUAUCGUUUUCAUGGCCCCUCUCUAUUUUGGGAUUGCCCAUGUACAUCAUUUCUAUGAGUUUCGUCUGACUCACCCUGACACCUCGAUCAUCGCGGCAAUGUUCCGGUCUGUCUUCCAAUUCAGCUACACUACAAUCUUUGGUUGGUAUGCUACCUUCCUUUACCUCCGAACCGGAUCUCUCCCAUCUGCUAUCCUUGCCCACACAUUCUGCAACUGGUGUGGUCUUCCUCGUUUAUGGGGCAGGGUUGAGGCUGGAGUACCCAUCGGUCCGCCUCUGGUGAAAGGUAAAGAAGAUCCGGACCGGCCUACCGCGUAUGAGUAUAGCCAACUUGGUGUUGGAUGGAGCGUUGCGUACUAUGCCCUUCUAGUAGGGGGUGCCGUUGGCUUCUAUUAUACGUUGUGGCCUUUGACUGACUCUAAUAAUGCUUUGAUUUCUUUCGCACCUAAAUGAUCCAACCCCUUCCCGGCCAGAAAAAAAGGUCGUGCUGGUGGGAAGAUAUAUUUUCCAUGUGGUUUAUACGAGAACAGCCCUCGCUUCGGCUUUUCAUUGAUUUUGCCGAACAUUUACGACACUUGAUGUGUCGACUCCUUCAAUCUCCGAAUCAACAUCGGUGUGCCCUGGUGAUUUGGGGACUUCGUCGUUACGGCAGGCGGGAAGAUGUUUGCUGUUGGUCUGGACGCUUGCCCGCGAGAAUAAUGAUAAUGAAGUAUAAUAUGUAUAGCUUUCUCUAC